AUGGGUACUACCAAUGAUGAGAUUGUUUCCAUGGAACAGAACUCUUCCUUAAAUCCAUUGUGUUUUGAAUGUGGUCAACAGCACUGGACCAGAGAAAAUCAUUUGUACAAUUAUCAGAAUGAAGUAGAUGAUGACCUCGUCUGCCAUAUUUGCCUUCAACCCCUAUUACAGCCAUUAGAUACCCCUUGUGGACACACAUUUUGCUACAAGUGCCUAAGAAACUUUUUACAGGAGAAAGAUUUCUGUCCUUUGGAUCGGAAAAGACUCCAUUUUAAGCUGUGUAAGAAAUCCAGUAUUCUGGUUCAUAAACUCUUAGACAAACUGUUAGUUCUGUGUCCCUUUUCUUCAGUAUGCCAAGAUGUCAUGCAACGUUGUGAUUUGGAGGCACAUCUUAAAAACAGAUGUCCUGGAGCUUCCUGUAGGAGAGUUGCUCUAGAGAGAAGGAAAACUAGCAAAUUAAAGACUGAAAUUGAGAAUGAAAAUGGAUCCAAUGUAAUAGAUCACCCAGGUAAUUUAUCACCAGACAAUGCUGGAACAGGAACAGUGCCAGCAGAACGGAACUUGACAUCAACUUCUCUUCCUAUGUGGACAGAUGAGCCUGGCCUUGACAACCCUGCAUUUGAGGAAAACACAGUGGCAGACACUUCACAACCACCACCUAGUUUACCUGAAGGAGAAAUUACUACAAUUGAAAUUCAUCGGUCUAAUCCUUAUAUUGAGUUAGGAAUUAGCAUUGUUGGUGGCAAUGAAACACCUUUGAUCAACAUUGUUAUCCAAGAAGUUUAUCGGGAUGGCAUAAUUGCAAGAGAUGGACGACUCCUUGCUGGAGACCAGAUACUUCAGGUCAACAACUUUGACAUCAGCAAUGUGUCCCAUAACUAUGCCAGAGCUGUUCUUUCCCAGCCUUGCAGUGUGCUGUAUCUUACUGUGCUUCGAGAGAGACGUUUUGGCAGUCGAACAUAUAGCCAUUCUGAUAAUAACUCCUUACGAGAAGAGAGCUUCCAUGUGAUCCUUCAUAAGCGAGAUUCUAAUGAACAGCUUGGAAUUAAAUUAGUGCGAAGGACAGAUGAGCCAGGUGUUUUUAUCCUUGAUCUGUUGGAAGGAGGACUAGCAGCUCAAGAUGGCAGGCUCAGUAGUAAUGACAGAGUACUUGCAAUCAAUGGGCAUGACCUGAAACAUGGCACACCUGAACUUGCUGCUCAGAUUAUCCAGGCUAGUGGAGAGAGGGUGAAUUUAACAAUUGCAAGACCAGGGAAACCACAGACCACUAAUACUAACAGAGAACCAGGAACUCAUAACAGCGGCCAGCACCAAGCACAACAACUGUAUCACAGCAGACCUAGCUCACAUAAGGAUCUUUCCCAAUGUGUUACAUGCCAAGAAAAGCACAUUACUGUGAAGAAAGAACCACAUGAAUCUCUUGGAAUGACAGUGGCUGGCGGCAGAGGAAGUAAGAGUGGUGAAUUGCCAAUUUUUGUGACCAGUGUGCCACCGCAUGGCUGCCUUGCAAGAGAUGGCAGAAUUAAGAGAGGUGAUGUGUUGCUAAACAUCAAUGGUAUUGACUUGACUGACUUAAGUCAUAGUGAGGCAGUUGCUGUGUUGAAAGCUAGUGCUGCUUCCUCUGCUGUGACCCUCAAAGCACUAGAAGUCCAAAUUGUUGAAGAACAGACCCAGGUUAAUGAAGAGCAACCCAGUACAAUCAGUGAAAAUGAGUAUGAUGCUAGUUGGUCACCAUCAUGGAUCAUGUGGCUUGGACUUCCAAGUGUUCUUCAUAGCUUCCAUGAUGUUGUUCUACGAAGAAGCAACUUAGGAAGUUGGGGCUUUAGCAUUGUUGGCGGGUAUGAAGAAAACCACACAAAUCAACCUUUUUUCAUUAAAACAAUUGUCCUUGGAACCCCAGCUUACUAUGAUGGAAGAUUAAAGUGUGGUGACAUGAUUAUUGCUGUGAAUGGGCUGUCUACUCUGGGCAUGAGCCAUUCAGCACUCGUUCCCAUGCUGAAGGAACAAAGGAACAAGGUUACUCUGACAGUUAUCUGUUGGCCUGGAAGUCUUGUAUAGAUUUGUGACAUAAAGUUUUACUUCAGUUCUCUUCUGUUCUCAAGAAUUGUUAAAGAAAAACUUUCUUUUGUAUUUGUGAUUUUUUUUUUCUAAGUCACUAACAUAGCUGGUGAUGAACAAGGCCCAAAACUGCUAAUUUGGAUUGUGUUCAUUUUUAAAAAUUUUAAUUAAAAGAAUUUUACUCCACCUUACCAUUUUUGUCUUUCAGUUUUAAGGCACUAGUUCCACUGAACUUAAGGUUUGUUUUCUAAAAAUUCACUGUCAAGUGUUUAGGAUGGGGCCUAUUAUUAUGAAUGAAAUCUUCUCAGACUUGGACAGAACCAUUCGAGUCAUGUGAUUUGUGGUUUUUCUUUGCUGUUUUUAAAAUUAAAUUGUAAGAUAUAAGCUAUUUAUCCUUCUUUAUGGAGAAGACUCACAUCAGUCAUGCUUACCAAAAUAUAGAUGCUCUGUCAUUUAUCAGAAUCAGUAUUGUGAAGAGAUGUAAUUUUAAUUUUGGCUAACAUCAAUUCUAAUUUCAUUGGUGCCAACAUUUCAAAGGCCCUGUCUUAUUAAGUGGGUUCUAGUCCCGCUUAUUUCUACUUCAGUCUGUUGGUGUUCAGAAUGAAGAAGGCACAGGCCUAAUAAUACUAGAGGGUUUUAUAAUGUGCAAUAUUUGGAAUAGUAAAAAAUAAGUAGGGAAUAUUAUGCUCAAUAGUGAAAAAGAAAUUAGAAAAUAAGUAUAGGUUAGUUGCUUGUAGAAGUUGCAUUUAAGUAAAAAAAAAAAACCUUUAGUAGGUUAAAAAGUAAAAAAACAAAAACAAAAAAUACUGCCUUUAGUAGGUACUUUCCCUAAAAAAAUGAUUUAUUACAUAGGAAAAUUUUGAUGAAAACAUUUUUGCUAUAAUCAUUUCUAGAGUUUAUAUUAGUUAUCAGUAAUCUUCCGAAGAAACAUUUUUGUGAGUUAAGUAAUUAAACCCAGUUUUCUUAAAAAGAAAACUACAUUAUUAUGAAAGCAUAUGGCACAGUUAAGUGAGAGAGAGACCAUUUCAUUUUAUUCUCAUUGAAUCUUGAGUAAGUUUUUUCCCUCAUUCUUUAAUAACUAAAAGUCCAGAGAGAUUGGCUAUGUACCUGACUUGUUAUGAAUUUUUUUGUGGUUAAAAUUUUUUGAUCAAAUAUUGAACCAGAGACUAUUUCAUUCACUCAUUUUUUUAAACUUACUAUAAAUUUACAAUUAAGUUUUUUGUUUUGUUUUCAUUUAUACAGCACAGUUAUCCUUUGAAGAAAUAUAUAAAAUGGUGUGCUGAGUUGGAAUAAACCCUGUACAUUGUUAACGUUAUACAUACUUGAAAAAGAGUUUCAAUUAGAAACCUAGUUCAGAAUCUGAACUAAUUUACAAAUGACCUCUGUAUUGUAAUGAAUGGUAUUAAUUAUCAGAGAAUGUAUUUCAAAAUUAAUACACUACAUCGUGAAGCAUGAAUCCUAUUUUCACGCUUUAGCAAUUGCAUAGCUGGGUAGAAGUUCUCUGUAGCAUGCCACUGAUUAUUCUAGUUACUUUUGUAAUAACUUUUUUUUGUAAUCUGUUAAAACCCAGAUAAAGAAAGCUGCAAUGAUUGCCAUUAUCUCAUUUAUCCCUAUAGUGGCCCUGGUCAAUAAACAUCUAAGAGACAGUGGAAUGUCCUUCCAUACAGUAUAUUACUGUUGCAUGACUAUUGGCUUUUGAAGCGAUCUGAUAGUGAAAUACUUUGAUAUUCUAUUUGACAUGCAACAAGUUUCCUCCUGCUCCCCAAAAUAGAAUUUUGUAAUGUACUUUGCAUUUUUUAAACAUUUUAUAAAAAUAGGUCAUCUCUUGGGGGAGUGGUUACCAGCCAGUAUCAUGACUUAAGCUUCACCAGAUGUAAAGUGCUGCAGGUGAACUAGGUAAAUGUAGAAUUUUAGUACCUUUAAAAAAGAGUCUUUUUUCAGCAUUUUUUUUUUAUCACAAAACGUAUAAACUGGUUUGCACAGUAGUAGAUAUAAUUUCAAGAGGCUAUAUAUAGCUUUUGGUCAAAAUGAUGUUUGGUGAAGGAAACUUGUUCAUAAUUUAUUCUCAUCAUUGGAGUAUUUCCCCCCUUAAGAUCUGAUAUUUUUGUUUGUUCUUCUGUGCCUUCAGUUUAAAUUAUUUCAAGAUUUUUCAAAUGUUCUUAAAUAAUGGUGUGAUUUUCAUUAAGGAUGGAAAUAAAAGUCAUCUUGCUCCUAA